CUGAAUCUUUGUUUGCAGACAAAAGAAGAAAGAAGAGAGAGGACAGAGAAGGAAGAAACAUGGAAUGGAGUAACCACUUCAGCAGCUUUGUCUCAUCUUCCUCGCUUGAUCCCUUUCUCUAUCCUUUUAACCUUGAUCAUUUUCAAGACCAACUAAAACAUGAGAUGGCGAUGGCGAUGGCAAUGGAAAUGGCGGAAACACAAGAAGCUUCACUCCAUCUUCCUCUGGCGAGCGACGACAAGUUCAUCUCCUGCGACAAUGGAAGCAACAGCAACAGUAACAGCGAAGACAAGAAGAACAAGAAGAAGAAGAAGAAGAUGACGAGAGAGCAACUGAGAAUGCUGGAGAGAAGUUUCGAGGAGGAGAUAAAGCUAGACCCCGACAGGAAAAUGAAGCUUUCGAGGGAAUUAGGGUUGCAGCCGAGGCAGGUUGCGGUCUGGUUUCAGAACAAGAGAGCGAGGUGGAGGAACAAACAACUCGAACAUCUCUACGAAACCCUUCUCCAUGACUUCCAUGUCGUGUCCAGAGAGAAGGAGAUGCUUCAGGACGAGGUUGUAAAACUGAGAUCAAUACUGAGGCAGGGAGGUGUAAGCAGCAAACAAAUGUGGAAUGCCGCCAAUGGAGGAGAAGCCAUUCAGAUCGAAUAUAGCAACUUCGGCAUCACGACAGCUUCCCCGACAUGGCCUCUCCCCUCUUCGCAGAACCUUUAAACCUAAGCUGUUCUUCGUGGAAACUACCCGUUUAGGAUUUGUACUAAUGAUUGGGCUUAAUUCCACUGUCCAAUGCCUCUGGUCUGUAUACAUAUUUGACGGAUGCUAAGUUACGCCCAAAAGUGAUAAAAUGCAUGCAUUGCAAUCCGAUUUUCCGAUCAUCUGACCUGGUUCACAGUCGGGUAUCAAAAACUCGGGUACCCAAAAGGUCAGAUAUACACUGGAAAACUCGGAUACCUGAUCACAUGUAUUGAUGGCAUAACCGAAUGAAUCCUUACCAAACCGGCCUGAUGAGGUGUUAAUCGGCACACCUGUCUGAAACAUUUGGU